GUUUCUAAAAAAAUAGGCGGUGCAGUUGUAAAAGGAAAAUAAUACUCAAACACCUUAUGCUACAUGAUAUAUUAAGAAAAGAAAUAAGAGAUUUUUUUUAGAAAAAAUAAAGUAUAUUUAAAGUCAUAAAACUAUAACUUCUGGUUGAGAGGGUACACUACAUGACAUAGAAGUUAAACUCUAACACUACUGUUUUAUUUCUACAAAAAGAAUUAUUGUUUUAAAAUUAGAAUAACAAAGCAAAAGGUAUGAAUGUCUUUAGAAUUUAAAUUGCCGUUCCGUUACGAGUUUGCAAAUUACAACAGAGGACAUAAUAAUUCUUAAUUAAUUAAUUGUGUUGGGUGAUUUUCGGUUGUAAUGAAAGGAGUGUUUGGAAUUUGACUGUGUUGUCUUUCUUCCUUGUGACUCUCUCUUUCAGUUCUUCAAUUUGAUCUACCUGUGUUGCUUUUCCCACCAAACCAAACAAAUAGCUAACAUUAAUGUUCUAGUUUUUUUUUUAUGGAAUAUCGCGCCAUGACAUUCGACGAGGUUUCCAUGGAGCACAGCAAGAGCUUCAUCUUCGCCUUGCAGGAACUUAAGAACCUGAGGCCUCAACUCUAUUCUGCUGCAGAGUACUGUGAGAAAUCUUAUCUACAAAGUGAUCAAAAACAAAUGGUACUUGACAACCUUAAAGAUUAUGCAGUAAGAGCCCUUGUUAAUGCUGUUGAUCAUAUGGGAACUGUGGCUUACAAGUUAAGUGACCUUCUUGAGCAGCAAACAUUUAAUGUCUCAACCAUGGACUUGAAGGUCUCAACUCUGAAUCAGAAACUUCUUACAUGCCAUAUUUACAACGAUAAAGAAGGUCUUCGACAACAGCAGUUGUUGGCUUUCAUUCCUAGACAUCAUAAGCACUACAUUUUGCCAAAUUCCGUCAAUAAAAAGGUCCAUUUCAGCCCACACAGAAAGAUUGAUGCAAGACAAAAUCCAUUUCAAACCAGAACUCAUCAUUCUUCAGGUACCCCUAUUUCAAAAACUCUUUCAUGGCAUUUAGCUUCAGAAACUAAGUCUACCUUAAAAAAACAGAGUUCACGCGCUUCAAAAUACACCAAGGGCUCAAAAUUUUCUGCCAAGACCUCUGGAGUUUUCCACCUUUUAGAUAGUGAAGAGAGGAUGUGGAUGAAACCCUCAUCAGCACAACUUCACUUAACAAAUGGAGUUCCUACUUCUAGUGCAGCUACCCAAACUUUGGGUGUCACAGGCAGGGAUGCAUUGAAAGGUUCCAAACCAUUGACAACGUUUGGGUCCUUUGACGAUCGAAAUGGACGUGGAGCUGUCCAAGUUCACACUCGCAGUAAAAGUGUGCUAUCUAGUUUCUUUAUCAUGCAAAAGGCAACUAAGUUGGUGAAUGCCGGUUCUGUCUUAUGAUACCUCUCAAGGCAAAUGCAACCUCAGCAAUGUGAGGAUCGAUGUCACUUUGUUUUUGAUAAAAAGAGGAGUUUAAAAAACAACUUUGACAUACCCAAAUGCUUAAUUCACUUUUCUUUGACCUUGCGUUCACUAAUGAACAGAAUUACAUUAGUUUAUAUUUCUAGUUCUAAUCUUUGAAUAAUGACAGUGUAUAGUUGUAGCCGGUAUCCCGUAGUGAUGAUGGUCUCAAUCUUCUGCGCGCUACAUUACUCAAGAGUCAAGAUAUAAACUUGUGAAUCACUGAAUUGUGUGAUCUAUAGAUAUCGUUGGAGAAUUUUUUGCACCAUAUAUACUUGUUGUAUUGAUACUGUGAAAAAGGUUUGACUUUGUUGUCUUGUGAUGCUCCGUAAAAUUUUCCAAAA